UUCUAUAGCCUAUAGCCUAUAGGGACAGAGACUGCAGGAACACACCCUACUGGCCUAAACAACCAGAACCCCUAAAAUCACACUUGUGCCUGUGGGCCAAGAGAGAUCUCAAAGCAAUGGUGGGAGACGUUCACGCGCUUCAGACCGUCACCAAUUCCAACUGCUCCAAGAAAGCCAAAGAGAAAAAGAAGAAGAAGCGCGGAGGGAGCAAGAGGAAGAUGACCGCAGAGCAGACCCUGGCUUUCAAGUCUGUCAGUGAAUGGGUGUUCUUGGAUCAGCCUUCUUCAUUGCCUUCUUCUUCCGCGUCCUUUGUUGUCGAUGACUUUGGGGUCCAGAAGAGUCUUGGAAGAGGUGGGGAGAAGCUGGUGUUCGAAUUGCAUUCGCACUCCAAAUUCAGUGAUGGAUUCUUGUCGCCUACGAAGCUGGUUGAGAGAGCUCAUGGAAAUGGGGUGAAAGUUCUUGCUCUGACAGAUCAUGACACAAUGUCAGGCAUCCCUGAGGCUCUAGAAGCUGCUCGAAGAUUUGGCAUCAAGAUAAUUCCAGGUGUUGAAAUCAGUACAAUAUUCUCCCCAAGUGGAGAGUCUGGAUUAGAGGAACCAGUGCACAUCCUUGCAUAUUAUAGCAGCUGUGGACCAACAAGGUCUGAGGAGCUGGAGAAGUUAUUGGCUAAUAUAAGAGAUGGUCGUGUCCUCCGUGCAAAAAACAUGGUGUCAAAACUGAACAAGCUUAAGCUACCUCUUAAGUGGGAGCAUGUUGCCAAGAUAGCAGGCAUGGGAGUUGCUCCUGGGAGACUGCAUGUGGCCCGUGCAAUGGUUGAAGCUGGUUUUGUGGAAAAUCUGAAACAAGCUUUUGCACGGUAUCUUUUUGAUGGUGGACCGGCUUAUUCUACGGGAAGUGAGCCUCUUGCAGAGGCAGCUAUACAAUUGAUAUCUAAUACAGGGGGUGUGGCUGUGCUAGCUCAUCCAUGGGCACUGAAAAAUCCUGUUGCCAUUAUCAGGAGGCUAAAAGAGGCUGGCCUUCAUGGGAUGGAGGUUUACAGAAGUGAUGGAAAACUAGCAGCAUACAGUGACCUAGCCGAUGGUUAUGGUCUUUUGAAGGUGGGAGGAUCAGAUUAUCAUGGAAGAGGUGGGCAUGGUGAGUCUGAACUGGGAAGUGUGAACCUUCCAGUAUUGGCUGCUAAUGACUUCCUUAAGGUAGCUCGGCCAAUCUGGUGUUGUGCCAUCCGGGACAAUUUAGAGAGGUAUGCCGAGGAGCCUUCUGAUUCGAAUCUAGCAAAGAUUACAAGAUUCGGGAGGACCUCAAUUUUUAAAGGGGGCUCCCCCUUGAGUUGUGGCAAGGACUUAAUUGAUCAUUGCUUGCCUUUGUGGUUGACCAAUGAAGAGAGGCAAAAUGCAGAGUUUGAAGCCAUCAGGUUGAAGCUUUCCAAUAUCUCUAUUAGUCAGGGAGGACUUCAGGUUCCUAUUGAGAGUAAAUAGUUAUGAGUUGUUUCUUUGUACUAAUUUUCUUCCUAGCCCAUGAUAUUUAUCUUGUUUCUCAAAUUCAUUUUCACCUUCUCAUUUUUGGCAUUUCUGCUGUCAACUAAUUCUUUUUCUUCGAGAUA